AUGACGAAGACUCAAGUGGAAAAAGCGAUGACCACCGAAGCCGCGCCCAAAGUUCCAGGCAGACUUCUGUUUGAAAAGCUAGGGAAGCCAACAAAAAUUGUGGCUCCCAUGGUAGACCAGUCGGAACUGGCUUGGAGGAUCCUAUCCAGGCGGUACGGUGCUACUCUAGCCUAUACUCCCAUGUUCCACGCGAAGAACUUCGCCACGUCCGAGAAAUAUAGAAGAGAUAUGUGGUGCGACCAAGACGGGUGCAGCAAAGUCGACCGGCCGCUCGUAGUACAGUUCUGCGCCAACGACUCCGAAUAUCUUCUGGAGGCCGCAAAACUCGUACAAGACAAGUGUGAUGCCGUCGAUCUUAACCUCGGUUGCCCCCAGGGUAUUGCCAAGAAGGGUCACUACGGCUCGUUUUUGAUGGAGGACUGGGGCCUCAUUCACAAGCUGAUCCGGACGCUGCAUGAUAAUCUAGACGUCCCCGUCACCGCGAAAAUACGGGUGUUUCCCGAGCGUGAAAAGACGCUUGAGUAUGCUAAAAUGGUUUUGGAUGCUGGGGCACAAUUUUUGACAGUCCAUGGUCGCCUAAGAGAACAGAAAGGGCAGAAAACGGGACUCGCUGAUUGGGAUAUUAUUCAGUAUUUGAGAGAAAACCUCCCAAAGGAUACCGUUUUUUUCGCAAAUGGUAACAUCUUGUACCCCGAGGAUAUUUCAAGAUGCAUGAAUAAGAUACACUGUGACUCGGUGAUGAGCGCUGAAGGCAACCUGUUCAACCCAGGCGUCUUCAACACGGAUCAUGUAGACGAUAAGGACAAAACUUUCCCAAGAGUAGACAAGCUUCUAAGGGAGUACUUCGAGAUAGUCAAGAGCUGUGAGGGCUCCAAUGCCUCACGCAUUGCCAUGAAAUCGCAUUUUUUCAAAAUAUUGCGCCCAUUCCUUCCCCACCACACUGAUAUACGGUCGAACUUGGCCUCUAUGAAUGCCAAGACCUCUUUCGAUGACUGGGAGGAAAAAGUAAUAUCCAAGGUAGAACGUGUCGUACGCGAAAUAUAUCAACAACCCGAUAUUGCCACGAAGGACGUGGUUACCACGGGAGAAGUUGAAUUAUGGGGAGGAGCAUAUAAGCAGGUGCCUUACUGGAGAUGCCAACCUUACUUCAGACCUGUCAACGGUGUUACUGGUGACAAAAGGGUCGUGGAUAGCCUAAAGAGGACGCUCGAAGAUAAUGAACCGGAAACGCAGCAAGAAGACAAGAAGCAGAGACCAGCAGGUGAUGUUGAUGCUGCUUUCUGA